AUGUAAAGCUAAAUCAAAUAAUUUCUGAAUAACUAUUUUCCUAAUGUGAAUUAGAGUCGUAUGUUUGAUUUGGAUUUCAUGAAUGAAGAAGAACUUUUCGAAUGGCUGCAUUAAAGAUUAUUAAUUUUUAUAAUUACUAAGGAUGUAUAAAUUGGAGCUAAAGCAUUAUAUCACUGGUGCUAAAAAGGAUUUGAGUCUGGAAUCCCCAUGGUGAAUUAAAUCUUAAUAGUAAUAGCGGUACUCUAGUUGAGAAUCAACCCAAAGAUGGUUGACGAAAUAACCUAACUAAUUUAAGACAAAGAAGAUAAACAGAAAUUAAUUGAUUAACUUUCAUAGGCUUAAUAAAAGCAAGUCAACUUAGAGGUUUCUAAUUCACCCAAAAUUUUGAAAUCAAAACUUGAGCAAAAGGAAUCAGGUUUAUUCGGUAAUAUCCUCACCGCUCUAAGAUGUUGGGAUAAGAAAUAAAAAUGA